CACACAAACACAGCCCAUGACAAUGAUUCUGGAGUUUUAUGGGGUCCAUGCCCCAAACCUCUCUCUCUCUUCUCUCGGGUUCUUCUUCUCUUUUGACUUGGACUUUCUCUCUCACUCAAAAAACACAAAACACAAAAACAUACACACGCAACAAUCUGCAACUACCUGCAGUAAUUAUUUCACACACAAACCUUCCCCGUCAACACUCAACACUAUCCUCUCACCUCUUCUAACGUGCGCAUUCCACCACUUCACACCAACAUGUGCAUACUACACCACCACCAUUGCUUCUUAUUACCAACCUUCAUUUUUCUUUUGUUCUCUUCCUCUUCAGCUAUAACUAUUCUCGCACCACAACCCAGUAGCAGAACAGUGAAAGAGGUUGAAAAUGGAUCUCCGACCAGAGAGACGGCGGAGCAGAAGAAACUCGGUGGACCAGGGUCAGCUCCUCCGUCCUGCAGAUCCAAGUGCGGUUGGUGCACUCCCUGCAACCCGGUUCACGUUCCGGUUCAACCCGGUUUAAUCAUACGUCUUGAGUAUUAUCCAGAAGCUUGGCGUUGCAAGUGUGGGAACAAGCUUUUUUUACCUUGAUGGAAAGAGAAAUAUUUAUUUAUAUAUAUUUAAAUAAAUAUAUAUAAAUAAUAAAUUAUCCUAGUACAAAAGAAAAAACACAAACGUUGCCAGAACCGAAACAGGGAAAAUGUUGCAGAGCAGCCAUCUUAAAUUUUUUCCCCUUUUGGGUUUUUAAUUUUUCUUAUGGUGCAUUGAUUAAUGUUGCUGAGGUUGUGUUGAUUUUUGGAUUAACCUUUUUAAAGUGACAUGAAGAAAACAUUGGGAAUGUAAGAUGUUUUGGGUUGGGUUGGGUUGGGUGUGAUUAUCGAGAGAGAGAAGAAGUGAACCCUUUUUCUCUGCUUUUUCAACACACACUCGUUAGUUACUAGUUACUACUACUACUACUAUCUCUUUUCUAUUGUACAUACUACUAAAUCAUUUCUGUUUCCUUUUUUGUUUUCGAUUUAUGUUUGUGUCACACCCUUUAUGUUUUUAAGACAAUGACAAAAAUAUGUGAAGGUUGUAACUUGUAAUUACCAUCUUUUCAGAAAACAGAGAACUAACCAUGUUCUUGUUAUUCUUAA